AUGCUUGUUGCUCGCAUGCUCAUCCUCAAAGCUUCACCAUCUCACUGGCGCCGAAGCGGAAACAUUCCGUCUCCCGCAACGCCAAGAGUUACCCAAAAAUCGUCGCCCACCAAACGAGACUCCAGCAGCGUUCCAGAACAGCAGGAGUCAUUGAAACGGGCCAACCUACUCCGAUACCGCAGAAAUGGCAACGCAAUACGACAACAUCAGCCCGGACCUCAUCUGGGAGUGCACUCGUGCGUGUAA